AUGAUGAAUUCCUCAGCUGAUAAAACACCACUGUUUAAAUUUAUCAUAAUUGGAGAAAGCGGUGUCGGGAAGUCAUGUUUGCUGUUAAGGUACACAAAAGACGAAUUUCUCUCUGAAUACAAUGUCACAAUCGGUGUGGAAUUCUCUUCUAAAACAGUGGAAGUCGAUUAAAAUACAAAAAUAAAGUUACAAAUCUGGGACACAGCUGGACAAGAGUCUUUCAGAUCAAUUGUGAGAUCCUUUUAUAGGAAUGUUACAGCAGUAUUUUUAGUCUAUAAUAUUACCAAACGAGACACAUUGGAGAAGUUGGAUGGGUGGUUAAAAGAGGCUAAGGAGAAUGCAUCACCAAAUAUAGUGACUGUUUUGGUUGGAGCUUAAAACGAUUUGGAGGAUCAACGCCAAGUCUCUUACGACGAAGGAAAGUCAUUCAUAGACGAAAAGGGAAUCAAUUUAUUUUUCGAGACCAGUGCCAAAAACAAUGAAAACGUUGAACGGGUAUUGACAGCCAAAUUGGUGUUCUUGAACUAUAUAAAUGAAACAGUGCGUAAAAAUGAAAACAAAGUGUCUAUUGCAUUAUCCGAAUCCCACGACAAUCCAUAGCAGUAGCUCCAACCACAAAAGAAAAAGAAAAAAGACGACUCAGGGUGUUGUUGAAAAGGUGUAAAACCAACAAUACAUAUUAUAAUAUAUAUAUUUAUCUAUAGCUAUCACA